CAGUUCCUUUCAAAAUGUCCUGCCAGCAGAGCCAGCAACAGUGCCCACCUCCUCCUCCUAAGUGCAAGACGCCCAAGUGUCCCCCUGCUCCUUCCUGCUGUGGCUCCAGCUCAGGGGGCUGCUGCAGCUCUGGGGGUGGCAGCUGCUGUUCCAGCCACCACAAGCCCCGAUUCUCUCUGCGUCGCCGACGUCACAGCUCUGGAUGCUCUAGCAGCGGUGGCAGCAGCUGCUGUGGCAGUAGCUGUGGUAGUAGUGGUGGCAGCAGCUGCUGUGGCAGUAGCUGUGGCAGCAGCAGUGGCGGCGGUGGCAGUAGCUGCUGUAGCAGUAGCUGUGGUAGUAGUGGUGGCAGCAGCAGCGGUGGCGGCGGCAGCUGUGGCAGCAGCGGUGGCGGCGGCAGCAGCGGUAGCAGCAGCCAGAAGUCUGGAGGUUGUUGCUGACCCGAGGAAGAAGACCACGAAGACCACGGAGAGCAGUGCUGAGGAAGGAAGUCCGGCCAGGCAGAGUG